AUGGCAGACAUCGUUUUGCACUAUCCGUCGACGAUAUACGCUGCUUGCGUACUAUUGGUAGCGUUUGCUCUCCGUCUUCUGUCGAAUCGGUAUAAAUCUGGUCUGAGCGAUAUUCCCGGCCCUACAUUGGCAAAAUAUAGUCGCCUGUGGAAACUUCACAGUGUAUGGAAAGGCGAUCAUCAACAUACCGCUAUCGACCUGCAUCGAGAACAUGGAGCAUUGGUUCGCAUCGGUCCCAAUCAUGUGUCCGUUGCCGACCCUAGUGCCAUUUCAGUGAUCUACGGACUCAAUAAGGGCUUUACCAAAACGGCCUUUUACCCUAUCCAAUCUAUAUCAUGGAACAAGAAACCUCAAAUGAAUCUGUUUUCCACUCGCGAUGAACAAUUCCACCGGGACCAAAAGCGAAUGGUGGCCAACGCCUACAGCAUGAGUUCACUUUUGGAAAUGGAGCCUGCGAUCGACUCAUGCACUCGAGUUUUCACUUCCCAGUUGGAUAAAUUUUCUGAUCGGAAACAACCCGUUGACUUGGGAGCCUGGUUGCAAUAUUAUGCAUUUGACGCCGUGGGCGAAGUGACGUUUGCGAAAAAGUUGGGUUUCCUAGAAGAAGGACGCGAUAUUGAUGGGAUGAUGGAGGCCAUCCGAGGUAUACUGGUAUAUGCCAGUCUAUGUGGUCAGAUUCCUGAGAUGCACACUCUGUUACUAGGAAACCCAAUUUUCCCAAUCUUGAUACCAUCAAUGGAGUCAUGGAAUCAGGUUGUCAACUUCACACUCAAGAUGGUCAAUUCUCGAACAUCCCUCCAGCGCGAUGGUGAGCUCCAUGAGAAACAGACAGAGACCGGAAAGGACAUGCUAUCUCGGUGGAUGACGAUCCAUCACUCAGACCCCAAGAGGCUCUCCACCAGAGACGUUAUAGUCCAUCUUUCAGCAAACGUGUUCGCAGGAUCAGACACAACAGCCAUUGCUCUCAGAGCUGUCUUCUAUUUUCUCAUGCGUAAUCCGCUCGUCAUGAAGAAAGUCCGAGACGAGAUUGACAAUGCAACCCAUGACGAGAAGCUCAGCAGUCCCAUAUCAUACCGGGAAUCUGUUACCCAUCUGCCUUACGUCGGCGCAGUACUGAAGGAAGCCAUGAGGCUUCACCCAUCCGUGGGAUUGAUUGUAGAACGCGAAGUUCCUCGAGGAGGGGCCGUCAUUUGCGGAAAGCAUAUCCCAGGCGGGACAAUCGUCGGCAUCAAUGCGUGGGUCUUACAUCGCAAUGCCCAAAUUUUCCCUGAUCCAGAGGCGUUUAUACCCGAACGUUGGCUUGAAAGCUCCACCGAAAAAUUGAAGGAGAUGGAACAAAGUUUUUUCUCUUUCGGUUCGGGACCUCGCACUUGUAUUGGGAAGAAUAUUUCGCUCAUGGAGAUGCACAAAAUAGUACCGCAGUUGCUGCGGGAGUUUGAGAUCCGCCUGCAUAGCCCUGAAAAUGAGUGGAGGACAAUGAAUGCGUGGUUUGUUCAACAAGAAGGCUUGAUUUGCGAUGUUGUGCGUCGGGGUUAA